UCGAUGUGGAAGUAACGAAAACCAGCUCUCAUAUUGGCAUAAUUCCAAAUUUCUCUCGUCCGCACCGCCGCCACUCGCCUUUUCAUUCCGCACCGCCGCCAACCCGCCGCCUCUUCUUUCCAUGGAAGUGGACGACGGUAGCCGCGCCACCCCGCCACUGGACGCCGUGGCCGCCGCCUUCAAGUCCCAAGUCAUGGAGUUGCAGGACCUCGUCCUCGCCCGCAGCAUGUUCCCGGCCACGGCGCUGCCCGACCUCGCCAACGUGGACGCGUUGGUGACGGCGAUGGAGUCGCAGGUGGAAACCAUCAGCCGCCGCCUUCAGGAGGAGCUUGACGCCAUCCCUAAGGCCAAGAAGCUAGUCCAGCGGUCCUUGAAGGAGGAAGAGAAGCUGCAGCAUAUGCUUGCGAACUUACCUUCUGGAAUGCGCAAGAAUGAUUUUGCUAAUCAGCACGAACAGAGCUCAUCAAGGAUGCUGCCUCAUUUUAACUCUUCUUUUACUGAAGCUAAUGAAUGUGAACUGAAGAUUAAGGAUGAACCAGUUGCAGCUCCUAGGAAGGGAAGAGCACCUGCACCUCGUUGGUAUAUCUCAACCGAGGAGCUUGAUUCACUCUCAUCGUACAUGAGGGGAAGACUGACUUUGGAAAAGGUUAAUAUCGCAAUAAAUGAAGUGGCUUCAUAUGCAGAUGCCAAUGCUCAUCUUGUUACAUGCCCUAAGAAAAAGUUGUCAGAAGAUACAUGGGAAAAAGCUUUGGAACUAAGGGAUAUUGCAGCAAGUGGUGCAGUAAAGGGCAACCAUUUCUUCCUGGAAGCAGAUAUAAAAGGACCUGGGUUAAAACUUGACAAUACUGGCAAAGCUAUUCUUACCGCCGCUGUGACAGCCUCGCGGGAGCGCGAGCGCGCCGCCUCCCUCGCCCUGGAGCGAGAGCGUGCCCUGGGUGCCGCUCUGACCACCCAGAUGGCCACCACGCAGCGCCUCCUCGGUCGCUCGCCGGUCGCCCCUGUGGAACCCCCGGAGGACCCCCUCGACUCUGACCUCGACGCCGACCUCAUCGCUGCUCUCCACGCUCAAGCCACUGGUCUGCACAACAUCCGGGCCCUCGUGUCCGUGGUGUUGGAUCCGACGUCUUCCCACUACCCCCGCUGGCGAGGACAGGUCCUUCUCACGCUGCGGCGGUUCGUCCUCGACGAUCACGUCCUCGUCGACCACGACGCUCCACCGCCUCGCUCCUGGUGCCUCAUGGACAGCGUUGUCCUCUCGUGGCUCCACGACACCAUCACCGUUGAGUUGCAGGACAUCAUCCGCGAUCAGGCGGACACUGCAUGCCAGGCGUGGCUCGCUCUCGAGGACCAGUUCCUCGGGAAUCGGGAGGCACGGGCACUCCACCUCGACGCCCAGUUCCACCUGUUCGCUCAGGGGGACCUCUCCGUGGGAGAAUACUGCCGCCAGAUGAAGGGCCUGGCUGACUCUCUCCGCGACCUCGGCGAGCCUGUCGCCGAUCGUACCUUGGUGCUGAACCUCCUGCGUGGCCUCAGCCCCCGCUACGGCCACCUGAAGGCUCUCAUCAAGAGGAGCGUGCCCUUCCCCACCUUCCACGCCGUGCGGAACGAGCUUCUCCUCGAGGAGCUCACCAUGGCGAAUGAAGCGCCCACUCCUACCUCGGCUCUCUACAACGCUCCUACCAGCGGUCAGCCGCUUUCAGGGGGCCAGGCCACCCGUCCUCCAUCGACCGGGGCUCCUCCCCGCCCUCCACCCGCCGUCCCGGCGGCCCCUCGUCCGACUUCCACGACCGACGGAGGUCGCCGCUCCCGCAAGGGCGGCCGUGGGGGUGGCGGAUCCUCUCGUGGUGGUCCCUCCGGCCGGGGUGGCGGCCACGCGUGGCCGUCCUUCUACAACCCCUGGAUCGGGACCAUCGCCAUGUGGCCGGGCCAGGCACCGAGUGCCUCCCGUCCCUCUGCGCCGGCCCUCCUGACUGCACCUCACUACGGCAUGCCCCCGACGCCUCCUUACGGUGUGCCCGCCGUGCCCCAGGCUCCGCCCGCGCUCCUGCCCCCGGGGACCCACACCUCGACGACUUGGUCCCCGCCGGCUGGCGGUUGGGACAACGCCUCCCUCGCUGCUGCCUUCAGCACCAUGGCGAUGACCCCUCCCCCGCUGCUGCUGAGUUGGUUCUUCGCCACCUUGGGCGCUUCCAUGAAGUUCGGAUUGGGCACCAUCGGGUCUUUAUACUGUCAAAGCAGGCAUGAAGAUAUUUCAUUUGAUUUGAGUUGGUGCACUGUAAUUCGGCAAAAUCCGGUAGCCUCCAAACCGUGAUAUUGCAAAAUGUAUUUCACAUGCACCUACUUAUUAAGAGAUACUCCAUCCGUUCAUAAAUAUAUGACAUCAUUGAUUUUUUUUAAACUGACCACUCGUCUUAUUAAAAAAAUAAUGAGUCAUUUAUUUUGUUGUGAAAUGUUUUAUCAUUUAAGGUAGUUUUAGUUUGUGCUUAUUUAAAAUUUUAUAUUUUUGAAUAAAUAUUUUGAAUAAGAUAAUGGUCAAAGUUUUUUGAAAAGAAUCAAUAAUGCCAUAUUUUUGUGAACGGAGGUGGUACCUGUGCUUUCAUCAGUGAUAUGCUUGGCGGUGUGUUUUCAUUUUGUAUGUGGUUACAUUAGGCCAAUGUUUCCAUAGCAUGUAUAUGCGCGGUCGCAAACGAUAGUUUCCUGAAUGAGUAAUGCGAGAACAUGCUGUAA